AGGUGGGAGAGUAAGGUGUCUGGGGUGGGAAUAAAGCCACAACUUUUCUUAUCUCAACUCCAACCAUUUCAUAGUGAAAAUCACAGAAAGUUUUGUUUACAUCUUCUGAAAGCUUCUAACAUCUACAAUGGCUUCCCCUUGUGCUACUGCAUCUGCAUCCAUAUCCAAACACACUCUUCUUGCUUCUUCACUCUCCACUCACUCCCCCACACAACAUUCUCCUCACUUUCUUACCAAAUCAUCUUCGCAUUCUCAAAUUUAUGGUCUCAAGAUCACACAUUCCUCUUCUCUCUCCACCCCUUGUUUUUCCACCAAGAUUUGCACCAUUUCUGCCAAGGUGAAUAAAGGGUCAGCGCCUCCAGCAUUCACAUUGAAAGAUCAAGAUGGCAGGAAUGUUAGUCUUUCGAAAUUUAAGGGCAAGCCUGUUGUUGUUUAUUUCUACCCUGCUGAUGAAACCCCUGGCUGCACCAAACAGGCAUGUGCUUUCAGAGAUUCUUAUGAGAAAUUUAAGAAAGCGGGCGCUGAGGUUGUCGGGAUCAGUGGUGAUGAUGCGUCUUCACAUAAGGCAUUUGCAAAGAAGUACAAACUUCCAUUUACAUUGCUGAGUGAUGAGGGUAACAAGGUCAGAAAAGAUUGGGGUGUGCCAUCUGAUCUUUUUGGUACUUUGCCUGGACGACAGACAUAUGUCCUCGACAAAAAUGGGAAGGUUCAGCUCAUCUACAAUAACCAGUUUCAACCUGAAAAGCAUAUUGAUGAGACAUUGAAGCUGCUUCAAAGCCUUUGAGCGUUUCUUAUCAACAAACUCAUGGUAUCUGGUUCUUCCUCUGCUGUUUCUUUAAUUUGAUUUUGUAAUCUUAGGAUAUUUCUUACACUUGUACAAUCUGUAUCUCAUGAAGAGUGGUACUAUAAAUAAUAUCUGAUAUUCGAAAUUCAGUAACAGAUAUGAUGUAAUGCUCGUACAUGGGUAUAAUUUUCUUCUA